GCAGCUGCCUUGGCGGGAGAGCGCGAGACGUGACGUCACGUAUACUUUUCAAACAAUCUGAAAAUAACCUCGUUAUUUUAAAUUAAAAUGGUAUUAUUAUUAUUUUUUUUUACAGCUAAAACUAAUGUGUCUUUUGGCUAAAUAACCAGAACAUACACCAGGACAGGGAAUUCAAUAAGAAACACGAAAAGAAAAGUAAAUUUCAGAGAUCCCGAUUACUGAUUCCGUUGUUGCCAUGGACGCAAGGAACCGCUCUGGCCCCCCCUCCUCCUCCUUCCAGGUGUGCCGCCCCUCCUUGUUCUCACGGCAACCGCCCCGUGUUCUGAUCGUGGACGCGUCACCGCCCUGGUGGUCAGAGACUGGUACUACGCUGUGUGAGGCUUUGGAUAACUUCCUGACUCUGGCCUGUAGUCUGGACGGACCCUGUAGACUGCCCCUGCUUAGCCUUUACGCUCUGAGUAGACAGCAUGAAUGUCUGCUGCCAUUCGUGCAGGUGAGGGGUAACCUGGCCCGACUGCGUUCCUGUGUGGAAGAGCUGAGGUCCAUACCCGGAGAGGGGUGCGUCCGCGCACCUAGAGGGGAACUGCUCAAACAGGCUGUUUUGGACAGCCUGCAGCAGUUUAAACAGUACACGCGACACACUACCACUCCGAACCAGGCCAACAACAAUGGAUCUGUAGAGGUAACCGUGGUGACGAGCCAGCCAGGGCGUGGUGUGGUGAGGCAGUUGGAGGCGGGAUUAAAGGACACUGACUUGGUGUCUCUACGACGCCUACUAGUGGUCCACGUCAGUACUGCAGGGAGAGGGGAGACUGACUGCUGGGGGCAGGACACACCCUCACCUGAGACUGCAGAGGAGACUGAAGCCAGUCUGAUGUUAGGUACAGAGAUCGACCUGCAGCAUGUAGAGAACAGUGUGAUUGCCAUGGAGAUAGUGUUGAAGGCGUGGCUUCAUGACCAGGGUGGGAAGAAGGAACAACUCCACCUGUUGUUACCACCUGGAUUACAGGGAGAGAUUACUACACCUAGUCAUGGACAGAGAGCUAGUCCAGUGUGUGUGAAGUGUGACAUGCAGGAGCGUCUCCUAAGCCCCGCCCUCUUACCUCUGACCCCUGACAUUGGGGUCAAGACGGAGAGCACCAAGGACUUCCUGGUGUCAGGCAAGGGCUUGGCCAAUCAGAGCCCUCCGCCUCAGAGACUCAGAGUCAUCAAGACACUGCGUGCAGACGGCGUGUGUGAGAGUGUGUUGUACGGCCUGCCCCUCAUCAUCAGGCCUACCACCUGUUGGCAAAUGGACUGGGAUGAGAUGGAGAGAAACCAUCACCUCUUCCAUGCUCUCUGUCACACACUCCGGGCUCGUGACUGGUUCCUACUGGUGCGUUCAGAACCUAUUGGUUCCAGUUCUAUUGGUUCUGGUGUGUGUUGCCACUACCUCCUUCAGCCCUCUGCCUCUCUCUCCCUCCUCCUCAAACCUGUGGCAAACAGAGAGAUGCUGCUGCCCUGCCAACUGCCUGUCUCAAAUCAGGACCCCCCACCUGAUGCACUCACCACCAUACAGAGUUGUGUGGGUCAGCUAGAAGAAGAGUCUCUCUUCAACCCUCUCUCUCUGAGGAGUAACCUCUACCAGCACCUAAGGAGCAGGGGCCUACUGUCACCACCCUCAUAUCCAUACAGACCCCAACAGACUCCCCGCAGGGACCAACCACGGCCAGCAGUGGGCCCAUCAACUACACCCGCUCGACAGCCAAGACAGCAGCAGCAGCAGCAGGGUCGUCAGUUCCAGGGGGGUAACAGGAGAGUCAGGGCCACCGUGGCGCCCCUCCCCUCGGCCCCUCCUCCCUCUAAGAUGUCUCGCCCAACCCUCACCAUGACCCCAGACCCCCGGGCCACCGCCACACCCCUCUGUUCCCAAGACGACGAUUUGCUGAUGAUGCUGUGAGACUAUUAUUGCACCUCGCUCCAGAGUGAAGUUUCCAACACUAAUGACCCACCACAGCUCAACAAUACUAAUAACCCACCACAGCUCAACAACACUAAUGACCCACCACAGCUCAACAACACUAAUGACCCACCACAGCUCAACAACACUAAUGACCCACCACAGCUCAACAACACUAAUGACCCACCACAGCUCAACA